GGUGGACACUCGACAGCAUAUAUUCUACUCUCUCUUCUGCAAGCAAACUUUUUAACAAUUCCUCCAAAAAGUCUCCUUCUCCUUAAUUAACCAGUUAAUCUGUAAUCACCACACUUCUUCUUUGUUUAAUAUUAACAAUAAUCCAACACAACCGGACCAGUAAUCAGAAAAGGGCAUCAUAUACUUUAUCUCCUCCCGCAAUUCAGAAUCCAACUUUCAAGUCUGAACCCUCCCUAGCUUCCUCGAACACACAGCUCGAGCCCACCUGUGUUUCUUUUUCGGGUUCUUUAAGCUAAUACUCAGUAAUAUUCACUCUAUAUAUGUACAUACAUCUCUCUUUUUCUCGUCGAUAUAUACUUGGCUUGUGUGGAGGAGGAUCCAUGUUAUGGGAGGCGUUAUGUCAUUCUUCAAGAGGAGAAGCAAUACAACCGGCGACACCAGCGGCAGCAGCAAUAGCGGCAGCGUGAAUAGGAGAACGGCGUCGUAUGGUUCGAAGAAAUCAUCAACCAGUGGUGAUAAAGCUGCACAUACAGUAACCCAGAAGAAGCAUAAGUACUCGUAUAUUCCUGAUAACUUCACAUCCAUUGAACAGGUUACAGAUGCAUUGAGAAAAGAAGGAUUAGAGUCAUCUAAUCUCAUUGUUGGAAUCGACUUCACUAAAAGCAAUGAAUGGACAGGCAAAAAGUCGUUUAACAAUCGAAGCCUACACGCCAUUGGAGAUGCACCUAAUCCAUACGAAAAGGCUAUCUCUAUAAUCGGAAAAACUUUGUCUCCCUUUGAUGAAGACAACUUAAUUCCUUGUUUUGGCUUUGGUGAUGCUACCACUCAUGAUCAAGAGGUGUUCAGCUUUCACACUGAUCAUUCACCCUGUCAUGGUUUUGAAGAAGUUUUGACCUGCUACAAAAGAAUAGUUCCUACUUUACGAUUAUCAGGGCCAACUUCUUAUGGACCUGUAAUUGAGGCUGCAAUGGACAUUGUGGAGAAAAGUGCAGGUCAAUACCAUGUGUUAGUUAUCAUUGCAGAUGGCCAGGUUACAAGAAGCAUCAAUACCAACGACAAGGAACUGAGUCCACAAGAAGAGAAGACAAUCAAAGCAAUUGCAGAUGCAAGUUCCUAUCCACUCUCCAUUAUUCUUAUUGGAGUCGGCGAUGGUCCCUGGGAUGACAUGAGAAAAUUUGAUGACAAGCUCCCUACAAGAGAAUUCGAUAAUUUUCAGUUUGUUAAUUUUACGGACAUAAUGGCUAAACAAGUAUCUGCCUCUGAGAAAGAGGCUGCUUUUGCUCUUGCUGCCCUCAUGGAAAUCCCACUCCAGUAUAAGGCAACUGUCGAAUUUGGUAUUCUUGGACGUACAACAGGGAAAGGGAAAAGAACAGUUCCACGCCCUCCACCAGUUCCAUACAUUCAUCGUCCACCUCCUACUCAUGAAUCACGUUCAAUAUCAACACCCGUAGGGGAUGACCGAAGCGAUGAAGCGGUCUGCCCAAUCUGCCUGACUAAUGCAAAGGAUCUGGCGUUUGGCUGUGGACACAUGGCCUGCAGAGACUGCGGAGCAAGAUUAUCCAACUGUCACAUAUGCCGCCAGCCAAUCCGCAGCCGUCUCAGGGUUUAUUCUGGAUAACUCACAAACGGUGUUAUAUGUUCAUCAAGUUGUGUAUAUUAUGUUUUCUGGAGUUGGUUAGACUGCCAAAUAUCUAUUUGUACAGUCCUGUUUUCUAGCCCAAACAUGUAGUUCUAAUUCUAUUUCCAUUCCUGUUAUGUAUAUAUUUGGUUUCUUAAAUCACUGGAAUUUUG